UGGGGGGGCGGGUCCUGGUAGUUAGUUGGACCCACACAAGCAGACGUCUCUCCUUUUCUCUGGAGCCAACAUCCAAAUAUAAUCCAGUGACGUGAGUGUGCAGGUUCGGUGCAGGAUGUCGUCAGUGAAAGUCGAUGCUGUGGUGAAGGAGAGCGCUUUGGUUGGGGAAGGUCCAGUGUGGGAAGAGUCUGAUCAGACACUUCUUUUUGUUGAUAUCAUUGGGAGAAAGAUCCAUCGCUAUUCUCGAGAAACCAAUCACAUCCAGUCUGUGAAGACAGGUGACAGUGUUGGAUUUGUGAUUCCUCGUCAGUCAGGUGGUUACGUUGCAGGUAUUGGUCGCAGCGUCGUGGCUGUUGAUUGGUCAACUCAGACAAUGACACCAUUGGUGGAGCUGGAUCAAGACAAAGUGAACAACAGACUGAAUGAUGGGAAGGCUGACCCCGCUGGGCGCCUACUAGCUGGAACCAUGGGAAUUGAAGAGAGUCCAGGUGUGGUCCAAAAACAACAAGGAUCUCUCUUUUCUGUGUCUCCUGACCUCACUGUCACCCAACACUUCAGCCAGGUGGACAUCUCGAAUGGAUUGGACUGGUCAUUGGAUCAGAAGACCUUCUUCUACAUUGAUAGUUUGGCGUUUACUGUGGAUGCAUUCGACUGCGACAUAAACAGUGGCCAGCUCAGUAACCGGCGUGUGGUCUACAAGAUGCAGGAAGAGGAAAAGAUUCCAGACGGGAUGACAGUUGAUACCAAUGGCCAUCUGUGGGUCGCCUGUUAUAAUGGGGGCCGGGUCAUCAACAUUGACCCAGCAACAGGGGUCCGGCUGCAGACUGUUCUUCUUCCAGCCUCCAAAACUACGUCUUGUUGUUUUGGCGGGCCCGACUACAGUGAACUGUACGUGACCUCCGCCAGCCUGGGCCUCAGCCAGUCAGAGUUAAAACAGCAACCUCUGGCCGGGGCUACAUUCAAGGUGACGGGACUCGGGGUCAAGGGCCGUUCAUCGCAUGCAUUUUCUGGUUAAAAACAACUGCACUUUGAUCAUUUUCAAGUUAGUUGCUUUAAUGAUAUCUUGUAGGCUGAUAAUUGCUCACCUAGAAAAGUAUGACUGCAACAACAUUUUAUUUCAUCAACAAACACUGAACGAGCAAAGAUACACAAACUAGAAAAAAUAUCUACAUGUAUAAAAUUGUGCCUUUUUUUCACAUGGAAGGGGAAGUCGGGCUAAGGGGUUGGUGGUAAGUCAGAUAGUAGUGUCAGUGAGAGAGUGGCUAGGGUCAGAGACAGUACUGGGCAGGGCUAGAUCAAGUGAAGAUGACCUUGUGUGUUGACAGUUGUCUUCAGAGGACCUUUCUGUCUGGGUUUCAUUUAAAAAGGUUGAGAUCAGUGAUGUAUGAAAACAAGGUGGACAGAGAAUGUGCUGGUACUCUUCAAUUUGUGCCAUCAUUUUGGAAGUGAGUGGGCCAAGUUUAAACUAACCAGUUAGUUGGGGCGGUGAAUGCAAAUAAAGUAAUUUACUGAAAUAUUAAUCAACAUUUUCUGAUGGAUUUUGAUGUAACUGCCAAAUAAUUAUGUUCUCUCUUAUUGGACCAUUUCAAUGAAAACGCAAGUCCCUUUUAAGGGAUCAGAAUAUUUCACCAGCUUCAAGGAAAAUAAACUGCAUUGGGAAAAGCUUU